CUCGUAUUUAGGGACGGGCGUGAAGAUGGGAGGAUACCAGGUUCUCCGCAUCCUACAGUCAGUCUACCGCCUCUUGCUUCAAUGACUCUCCCCACUACCAUUGCAAUCUUUCCUCCGUCCUCCUCCUCCUUGGUUUUCAAGAAGGGUCCGAAGGAGGCCAUUACUUCGGGCUUUGCCUCGAUCUUCUCGAACGUCAAUGCCCUCCUCGCGCCCCCGACGUGGACUGAGAUCCGUGCUUGUUGGGAGCUCUGCCGUCUCCAAAACGGCAUGGGUUGUGCGACGGUGUUUUUGCCAGUGGCUUGGUCUUUAGCGAUGAUUUACCACGUCUACCCUGAGCUGACGGGAAUGGAAUGCCUUACCCGGGCCAUCGUCUACUUUUUCCUCUGCAUCGGUAUCAAAUGCUUGAUCAUGACUAUCGAUGAUAUCCUCGACUAUGACAUUGAUGCGAACGUCGAUCGUACGAAGAACCGUGCUCUUCCCAGAGGUGCUAUCAGUAUCGAGCGUGCCUGGUUGUUCUUCGCUCUCCAAGUUGUGAUUGGCGUCUUUUUGGCUUUCAAGGUUCUGAGCCCCGAUGCUCUACGCAUUUCCAUGUAUGUAUGGCCGCUAUAUGUGCUAUAUCCCACUUGCAAGCGCUGGAUGUCCUUUGCCCCCAUUCCUUUGGGCUUGAUGUUCAACAUUGGUGUCUACAUGGGCUGGGCCGAUCUUACACCCGAUGGCCAAAUUCCCUAUUAUGCCCUCACAGCUGCGUACCUCGGUGCGACAUUGUGGACCGUCACAUAUGAGACGGUGUAUCAACACCAGGACAAGAUGGACGAUGUCAAGAUUGGCAUGAAGUCAUUCGCCAUCUUGUGCGGCAAAUACACCAUACCUAUCUGCUCUGUCACCACCGUCGGCUUUGCCAUUUUGAUGUCAUGGGCUGGUUAUCUGAAUGGCCAGGGUAUCGCCUACUACAUCGCCGUCGCUGCCUCGACCUUCAUCUUGCUGAAGGAACUCCUCGUGACGGACAUUGACAAGCCCAGCCAGUGCAUGAAGUUUUUCUUGCAAACGCCGACUAUUGGAAAUCUCAUUCUUGGUGGAUUGGUUGUUGAUGCUGUAGUUCACCGGGUCAUUGAAGGAGUGCCUCUCUAAACUACUUCAUAGGAUUGUAUUAUUAACUUAACAAUAUUUAUUCAUUGCUAUUGCUUGCAC